GAAUAUACCCAGAAGGUCCUUGGGAACGUGUCCACGCAGACUUUGCGGAGUACGGAGGAAGACACUACUUAUUGUUAGUAGAUGCGUUUUCAAAGUGGCCAGAGGUCCAUGAAUUACACAAGAAUACUACUGCUUGCCAGACAGUAGAAUGUAUGAGAAGAACAUUUGCAACUCAUGGAAUACCAUAUUGUAUGGUAACUGACAAUGGACCUCAAUUCCUAUCGGAGGAGUUUAGUAAAUUCAUGCGCUCAAAUGGCAUCCACCAUCAACGUACCCCACCAUAUCACCCAUCCACGAAUGGACAGGUGGAGAGGAUGGUACAGGAAUUAAAGAAGAGCUUGAAGUCUACGCCAUCGAAGCGAACAUGGAGUCACCAAGUGUCAUCGUUCUUACUUCAUUAUCGGACUACCCCACACGGGACGACUGGAAAGACUCCGGCUGAGUUGCUGAUGAAACGUUCUCUUAGAACGAGACUAAGUCUGUUGAAACCGGAAGCUGGGAAAAAGAUACGAGAUCAUCAAAGAGAAGAAUUUAACCAGGCUACAACCAAUGUAAGAGAAGUGGGUCCAGGAGACACUGUUUCUGUCUGGAAUCCAAGAAGGAUGGUCGAAGCAAAUGGCUCGCAGGAAGAGUGACACAACCACUGGGACCAACAUCUUAUUUGGUAAAUGUAGACGGACACAUAAGAUACGUGCAUAUUGAUCACUUGAUAACAAGAGAUGCGACCAAUACACAAGUGAUUCUGCCAGAAGAACCGGAUAUCUUGCCAGCUACAGUUGUACCAGAUUCAUCAGGAACCGUGUUAGAAGAUCCUACACUUCCAGCAAGUACACUUACACCUACGGAGACUGCAGAUGAGGAGCAUGUCAUGAGGAAAUCCACUGAGACUAAAGAUCCAGUCACAGACAAUGGAGCAACUGAACCUCAGAAGGAAAUCAGUCAAAGGAGAUAUCCAACUCGAGAGAACAGACAGCUACCUCUCAGGUAUCGAAAAAACUAAAGGGAGAGAAGUGUAGUGUAUGACACUUAAUUAGAUUAGACCUAGCUGGCAUGGUAUGUAGUAAUUUGACAUAGCACUAUUUGGUUAGUACGUUAGUGAGCGUUGUAGAGUGUGUAAUAAC